AGAGAGAGAGAGAGAGAGAGAGAGAGAGAGAGAGGAAAAGGCAGAGGGAGAGGGGGAGAGGGGAUCUGUUGCAGGCAGGGGAAGGCGUGACCUGAAUGGAGAAUGCCAGCCAAUUCCAGAGACACACAGGGACCUCAGAACAAAGAUAAGGCAUCGCUGACACCACACCAGGGACACGCUCACAGACGAGUCAGGCUGGGGGGACCAAGGCCUGGCAGCCAGGAGAAUCCCGGGCAGGAAAAUGAGGUGGCUCCUUCUCUGUCAUGCCCUGUGCUUCUCCUUGUCAAAGACUAUGGCCCACACUGUAGAGCUCAACAACAUGUUUGGCCAGAUCCAAUCACCUGGCUACCCAGAUUCCUAUCCAAGCGACUCAGAGGUGACUUGGAAUAUCACUGUCCCUGAGGGAUUUCGGAUCAAGCUUUACUUCAUGCACUUCAACUUGGAAUCCUCCUACCUUUGUGAAUAUGACUAUGUGAAGGUAGAAACUGAAGACCAGGUUCUGGCAACCUUCUGUGGCAGGGAGGCCACGGACACAGAGCAGACCCCAGGCCAGGAAGUUGUCCUCUCCCCUGGUUCUUUUAUGUCCGUCACUUUCCGAUCAGAUUUCUCCAAUGAGGAGCGAUUCACAGGCUUUGAUGCCCACUACAUGGCUGUGGAUGUGGACGAAUGCACGGAGCAGGAGGACGAGGAGCUGUCCUGCGACCACUACUGCCACAACUACAUCGGGGGCUACUACUGCUCCUGCCGCUUUGGCUACAUCCUCCACACGGACAACAGGACCUGCCGAGUGGAGUGCAGUGAUAACCUGUUCACCCAGAGGACUGGCAUCAUCACCAGCCCUGACUUCCCCAACCCUUACCCUAAGAGCUCCGAAUGCUUCUACACAAUCGAGCUGGAGGAGGGUUUCAGGGUCAGCCUGCAGUUUGAGGACAUUUUCGACAUUGAGGACCAUCCUGAGGUGCCCUGUCCCUAUGACUACAUCAAGAUUAUAGCAGGUUCAAAAAUGUGGGGGCCCUUCUGUGGAGAGAAGGCCCCAGAAUCCAUCAAUACUGAAAGCCACAGCAUCCAGAUCAUGUUCCGCAGCGACAACUCAGGCGAGAACCGGGGCUGGAGGCUCUCAUACAGGGCGACAGGGAACGAGUGUCCAGACUUACAGUCUCCCAUCCAUGGGAAAAUUGAGCCUUUGCAAGCCAAGUAUUCCUUCAAAGACCAGGUGCUCAUCAGCUGUGACACUGGCUACAAAGUGCUGAAGGACAAGGUAGAAAUGGACACCUUCCAGAUGGAGUGCCUGAAGGAUGGGACCUGGAGUAGCAGGAUCCCUGCCUGUAAAAUUGCAGACUGCGGUGCACCGCCAGAGCUGGAGCACGGGCUGGUCACCUUCCUGUCCAGGAACAACCUUACAACAUACAAAUCUGAGAUCAGAUACUCCUGCCAGCAGCCCUACUACAAGAUGGUCCACAACAUCACAGGUAUAUAUACGUGCUCUGCCCAAGGAGUCUGGAUGAAUGAAGUGCUGGGAAGAAGCUGGCCCGCCUGCUUGCCAGUGUGUGGUCAGCCCUCCCGCUCCCUACCCAACCUGGUCAAGAGGAUCAUCGGGGGCCGGAACGCAGAGCCCGGCCUCUUCCCCUGGCAGGCCCUGAUAGUGGUGGAGGACACCUCAAGGGUGCCAAAUGACAAAUGGUUUGGGAGUGGAGCCUUGCUCUCCGAGUCCUGGAUUCUCACAGCAGCCCACGUGCUGCGUUCCCAGCGCAGAGACAACACCGUGACUCCGGUCUCCAGGGAGCACGUCACCGUCUACCUGGGCCUGCAUGACGUGCGGGACAGAUCAGGGGCUGUCAAUAGCUCAGCGGCGCGUGUGGUUCUCCACCCAGACUUCAACAUCCAGAACUACAACAACGACAUAGCGCUGGUGCAGCUGCGGGAGCCCGUGCCCCUGGGGCCCCGUGUCAUGCCUGUGUGCCUGCCGAGCCCUGAGCUGGAAGGCCCAGCACCCCACAUGCUGGGCCUGGUAGCCGGCUGGGGCAUCUCCAACCCCAAUGUGACGGUGGACGAGAUCAUCAGCAGCGGCACGCGGACCUUGUCAGACAUCCUGCAGUAUGUCAAGUUACCAGUGGUGCCCCAUGCAGAGUGCAAAACCAGCUACGAGUCCCGCUCAGGCAAUUACAGUGUCACCGAGAACAUGUUCUGUGCCGGGUACUAUGAGGGCGGCAAGGACACGUGCCUUGGAGACAGUGGUGGGGCCUUUGUCAUCCUCGAUGACUUGAGCCAGCGCUGGGUAGCCCAAGGCUUGGUGUCUUGGGGGGGGCCUGAAGAGUGUGGCAGCAAGCAGGUCUACGGGGUGUACACUAAGGUCUCCAACUACGUGGACUGGGUGUGGGAGCAAAUGAGCUCCCCACGAGGUCUCGGAGAGCUGCAGGUGGAGCGGUGAGCUGACAGACGUCCUCAAGGCCUGCACGCCCUGCCACAGACCAAGUCAGGCUGCACCACACACUUCCGACAGCACACUCCAUGUUACCCAUCAGGCCCAAAGGAAUGGAACACACCACUCCCAUCUGCCAGAGACAGCCCCCUGAGGCCCCAAGAGGCAGCUACGUGAUCAAGGGCAAAGGGUCUCAACAAGAGACUGGCCCAGGACCCUGUAAGUUCUUUCUCCACUCCUGGCCUCACUCUUCUCAACAAUAUAGCAAGGGAGCUAGACCUCUCGGCCAACGUUAGCUCCUCUCAACCAUGCUUUCCCAUGGCGUGGAUUCACUCCUAUUCAGUUAUCACUCCCAUUGGCUCCCACUGUUGGUAUAGCUAAACUUGGGCCUUAUUGGGCAUUAUUAGAAAAUGUUUCCUCACUUUGAGCUGGAUUCUAACUCCAAUUUUUGUUCCCAGCCCUGCCCUCUGGGCACAGAUAUGUGAAGGCCUCCUGCAAACUACUCAUGUUUCAGGAGAGAGAGAUCAUAUCCAGAAGCCCCUCUCUCUGAGGUUUCUCUCCCAAAAGCUUCAUGGAGCUUAUUACUUACAUUCUCCAUGAAAGAAAUUCCAAAGGACAAAGAGAAGGCUGGGAAACAGGGGGAAGGGAAUAGCAUUGGGAGGCUCCCCAACCCCUUUAAAUUCCUACUGUCAACUCAGAACAAUGUCACAUAGGUUCAUGUGUCACUGCUGAAUAGCAGCUGACAACACAGGUAUCACACUUGCCUUUCCACAUGAGUGCAAUGCCUUGAAACAUACCAUCUGGAGAGGCUACCUGGGCCCCAGCCGUAGACACGGAGACGCCACUGGACUGCUUGCAGUAUGCGCACACUGGCAUGCACGGUGCUUCUUGGCAGGAAGUGGGAGAAGAGCGGGCUCAGGACACUAGGAGUAUCUGAUCCUUCAGACCACCCCGCAUGUUACAACCUGAUAUCUGCGGAGAACCCACCCAGCAUGGGUGCUCAGAAGGAUCCACCCUUCCAGUUUCCUAAGGCCAGAAUCAAAAGGAGCAGAGACUUCAUGAAAAUGAAUGAAGAGACAGAAAGCUGCAAGUCAGGGGAGUUGGUCACAGCUCUGCCCCCUACUGGCUGCAUAACCCUUGACAAGUCACUUCCCUUUCUGGACCUCUGUCAAAGGAAGGCAUUAUACCCCUCAGGGUCCUGCCUACUCCAGCACUCUGUGCUUCCAGUACCAGCACUCCCUCUCUGGCCUUCCCAGGGCUAAGCAUCCUCCUUCUCCCUGGUGCUCCAGCUCUUGGGAUUCUCUGCCAUAGAAAGACAGUCGGACAAGCCCCUUAGAGGGAUUCUGACGGAGCCAUUAGAAAGUGUCCACUUUUCCAAUUGGUUCAGCAAAGUACACCUCUAUGUCUGUGAAUAGUACAUAUAGAGAAUGUUGUAUCUUGUAUAUUUUAUAUCACAAGCUUCACUACUUUGCAAAGUGCCUCUGCAUCUGUUUCUUUUAUAAGGGGUAUAAAGUGGAAA